AUGAUACCAGUAACAGUGGUUCCUAACUUUUGCAAAGUUGGAUUCAUUAAUUUGUAUGCUAUAAACACCUAUUUUGUAAUUUUAAGGCAGGCUUGCAACACGCUUCUUCACGCCCUCGUCAACACCCACAGAUUUGAUUCACUGUGGGAGGUCUAUGGAGACAUGGUGUCGCGUGGAUUCUCCCCUACCGUUGUCAGCUACGGCAUUUUAAUGCAGUGCUGCUGUAACCAAGUUGAUUUUGUUGGUGCACGCAAGUUAUUUGAUGAAAUGCGCCAGGGCAAAAUUGAACCAACCGUUGUGGUUUACACUAUUAUGAUCCGUGUUCUUUGCAACGAGGGUCGAAUGGGAGAUGCCGAGGGCGUCUUCCGUUUGAUGAGGGAAUCCGGAGUGACGCCUAAUUUGUACACUUAUAAGACUCUCAUGGAUGGUUAUGACAAGGUAGCUAAUGUGAUCCGGGUUUUCGAGUUGUAUGCUGAAAUGCUCUGGUAUGGAUUGCACCCUAAUGUUGUCACAUUUACUACUAUGAUAGAUAUUCUGUGCAAGGUGGUGAAAUUUGGAAUUUUGGUGGCUGGCUGUAGUAAAAGAAAAUGA